AUGUCGGCCGGAUUUCAAUCGACACCUACUUCUCCCUCCACUGUGGCUUCCACCCUCUAUCGGGCGUCGCCCAUCGACCCGGCUCUUAAAUCUCGUUCUUCGCAGGAGCGCGAGUUCCCUUACGACUUGUCCGCCGAUAAUUCAUCCGCUCGUCACGCGUCCAACGGAUCCAUACCGUUUUCUACGACACUACCGGAUAUCAAGAGCGUGACCAAAUUCGGCUCAGGCGAAAUCGACGGAUACCCAGGUUCUUCUGUUAGCACCUCGCUUCCAGGACUAGCAGCUCUGGCCUCGGUCGCUUCAGCACCAACCUCUAAUCUUCGGUUCGUUGAUACCCCAUGCCAGUCCUAA